AAAAUCUAGAGGGAAAAUCCGUAAGGGAAAGCCUAAAGAGGACAAUAUCUGCUAGCGGAGGACUUGAACUGUUACAUAUACACCAAUGUUUUCCGAAUGUUGGCCUUGGAUACCAUUUAACAUAACUUCAUUCGAGUUUGCUUUGUAUCAGCUGUCAAACCUGAAACCAAACCACAGGAGCUUCAGUUCUAAUAAUGAAGCUUUACAGUCAAGCCCCCUCAUGCAUUAAUAUUCCAACUUUAGGAUCAAGUUCGGAUCAUGGCUAUGGAUUCACAUUUGAAUGUGUUAUAUUCAAUUCUUCAGAUAAAUCUUACACAAGAAAUGAUCAUUGGGUAGUAAAGAACUUGAAUGAACUAAGCAUCAUUAGUCAACAAGCUUGAUACUCAAGGAACACUACAUUUUCGUAUCUGAUAUCAAUUAGUUGCAUUUACACAUAACAAAGACUUGUAAUUACAGAACCCUUAGGUUCCAAGAAACCUCCUUCAAGACUCUUUUAAGCCCAUCCCUCUCAGAUUCCACUUCAAACAAACUGUGAAAACAACCGCGAGGAGCAAAGUCUUUAUCAUGCGCAGAUAAACAUUCAGCUUUUCAAGCUUUUAGCCAUAUUCAGACCCAAUGUUCCUCUGUUCUUCUUUCUUGGCCUUACUCCAAAUACGUACUUUCAAGCAUAUCGUAACGGUUAACCGUCGCUAUUCGAACGAAAAAUGGAACAACUUUCUUCCUCCAUUAUCAUCCCAAGAAGAAAUUAAGCUUCUUAUUGGACUUAUACAGCAUGAUUAAGCAUUAGACUGAAGAUUUAGAUGCAUAAUGCAGCUGCUUAUUUAAGCCUACAACCUAACUAAUCACUCCCAUAGACUCUAAUUCUAAAACAAUGGCUUCGUUCCUGUUCUUGUCCUCCUCCUCCAAAGCUUUAAUCUUGUUACUCCUUCAGUUAUCUUGUCUGUUUAAGAGCUUGAGCGCCAAACAUGGUGGCGUAGUCACUCAUAAUGACCAUCACCACCACCACCGUGCUCGAUCACCGAGCACGAACCCGAGACUCCACCAAGCAUUCCUUGCUCUCCAAGCAUGGAAAAAGGUCAUUUACUCUGACCCAAAAAACCAUACCACCAAUUGGGUAGGGCCUUCAGUUUGCAGCUACUUUGGGGUAUACUGUGCCCCAUCUCUCAACGACUCAAAUGUUCAGGUCGUCGCCGGAAUCGACUUAAACCACGGGGACAUUGCCGGAUUCCUUCCUAAUGAAUUAGGCCUUUUAACAGACCUUGCUCUGCUCCAUCUCAACAGCAACCGUUUCUGCGGCGUUUUGCCUCAAUCUUUAGCCAAUUUGUCUCUCCUCUUCGAAUUAGAUUUAAGCAACAACAGAUUCGUUGGCCCUUUUCCUUCUGUUGUUCUUCAUCUUCCAAACUUAACAUAUCUCGACCUUCGAUUCAACGAAUUUGAAGGCCAAAUUCCCCCUGAACUCUUCAACAAAAGCCUCGACGCCAUUUUUAUAAACAGCAAUCGUUUCACCAACAUUAUCCCUCGAAACAUCGGUGGAAAAUCAGCCUCCGUGAUUGUCUUUGCCAACAACAAUUUGAAGGGCUGUCUUCCACCGACGAUUGCAAGUUUUGCAAACAGUUUAGAAGAACUUUUGUUGAUCAACACGAGUUUAUCAGGCUGUUUGCCGCAAGAAAUUGGGUUCUUGUACAAAUUGAAGGUUUUGGAUGUGAGUUUUAAUGAAUUAGUGGGUCCUUUGCCGUAUAGUUUAGCUGGGUUGGGUCAAUUGGAGCAAUUGAAUUUGGCUCACAAUUUGUUUACUGGGAAUUUGUUUGAAGGGCUUUGUAACCUUCCGAAUUUGGAGAAUGUGACGGUUUCUUAUAAUUACUUUUGUGAGGAAGAAGGGGUUUGCCGGAAUUUGACGGCGGAAGGGGUUGCUUUUGAUGAUCGUCGGAAUUGUGUGCCGGAGAAGCCGCUGCAGAGGAGUAAGAAGGAGUGUAGUGCGGUGGUUGAGCGUCCUGUGGAUUGUUUUGAGCAUCCGUGUGGCGGUGGUUAUGGUUCAAGUAUUGCGGCGGUUCCGGCUUCGGCGCCUAUUUCUUCAACUUCUUCCGUUGUUGCCCCUGCCCACUUGUGAUUUAAUGUUGUAAUAUGUGUGGGUUUGAGGGAUAAUAAGGUCAAUUUGUUUGGGUUAGAAAAGUGUGUGAUUUUGUGAAUUUGUUGUAUUAGUUGUGUGUAUUAUUGAUAUUGGAUAAAGUUUUAUUUGCUUGGUUUUUUGAAUCAUUGUUGGAAGAGAUAAUUUGUUCAAA